ACUAAAAAAUUGAAAGAGGAAGACUUACAGAAAAGAAAAAUGUUUGAUAAAUGGCACAUAUAUUUGCUGGGACUGACAACUAUUUAUUUCUCUAAUUAUCUCACAGGUACCAGUGGUGUGAAAGAUAGCGAUGUGUUCUGUAGUGAUGGAGUAAAUGUCACUCUGCCCUGCAGUGAAGCUCAUCAUGACUGUAGAUCAACAAUAUGGUUCUACCGUAAAGACAGCAAAUCAACUGGAGUUGAACUGUUUACUAAAGGAAUAAAGAUGAUGGACCAUAAAAGACUGAGUCUGGGGUCUGACUGCUCUCUGAACAUCUAUAAAACCACAAAAGAAGAUCAUGGUGUUUACACCUGCAGGAAACAAGUGAUUAGGACUGAUCCAUACACUGAUGUCAAGGUUUAUCUGCAUGUUCUUCAUGUGUCUUUAUCCUCCACAAAGACUGAGAUUAAAGCAGGCAGCUCUGUCACUCUCUCCUGUCAAUUGUAUUUAUAUGAUGGAUAUUAUUGUGAGAGUUUGCUUUAUAAGUAUGGAUUUCAGAUGAUCUGGGUGAAUGAGACUGAUGUUAAUCUUCAAUCAGACUCCAGAUAUCAGAUCUCAUCUUCAACAAAACACUGUAACAGCAGUCUGACUACAACACUCCUGAAUGAAGACAACAACAGAGAGUUGAGAUGUCAGAUUAUUACAGGAACUGAAGUUAAGACCUCAGCCGGAUACACUGUCAAGUAUUCAGGAAAUCCCCCCAGCAUUAAGAAUGAGAUUGGAUCAAAAAUAAGAGUGAUUAUUUUUAUUGUUGAGGUUGCAGUACUGACAGCACCUACUGUUAUUCUUCUCUUGAUCAUCUGUGAAAGGAGAUCUGGUAAAAGAAGAGCUCAAAAAAUUGUCUUUGACGACUGCUCACCAGUUGACAUUUCAGUGGCAGACUGUUCCUGUGUUGCUGGAAGAGCACCCGACUGAGAGCCCACCCUUCCGACUGAUGGAAAAUAAAUGUCCC